AUGGCCUCAAGGGCUCUCUCGUCUUUCGCAACCAAGCCCACUCCGUCUCACAAGUCACUACUCCCCCAUGGCGUCUCUGCCGCUUCUUCCCCUGUUUCUCUGAGAUUCCCGAUGAAAACUGGAGGCAGAUCAGUGGUGGUUUCCGCAGCAACCGUGGACACGAACAAUAUGCCGAUGACCGGAGUGGUGUUCCAGCCGUUUGAGGAGGUGAAGAAAGCCGAAUUGGCCAUUCCAAUCACAUCUCAUGUCUCCCUCGCUCGCCAGGGUUUAGCCGACGCUAGCGAGGCUGCCCUUAACGAGCAAAUCAAUGUGGAAUACAACGUCUCGUAUGUGUACCAUUCCAUGUACGCAUACUUCGACAGAGACAACGUUGCUCUUCAGGGACUUGCCAAAUUCUUCAAGGAAUCAAGUGAGGAAGAAAGAGGCCACGCAGAGAAGUUUAUGGAAUACCAGAACAAACGAGGAGGAAGAGUGAAACUCCACCCUAUCGUCUCACCUAUCUCUGAGUUCGAACAUGGUGAAAAAGGAGAUGCAUUAUACGCAAUGGAGUUGGCUCUGUCUCUUGAGAAACUUACCAACGAGAAGCUUCUAAACCUUCACAGCGUGGCGACAGAAAACAAUGAUCCCCAGUUAGCUGAUUUCGUUGAGAGCGAGUUUCUUGGAGAGCAGAUUGAAGCUAUCAAGAAAAUCUCAGACUACAUCACCCAGCUAAGGAUGGUUGGCAAAGGCCACGGAGUUUGGCACUUCGACCAGAAGCUUCUGAAUUAG